AUGACAUUUUUAAUUAAUGGAAAACUUUCCAAUACUUCUACAAUUCUUGGAGAUGAGUUUUUCAACAUGUACCGUGAUCGUGGUCUUAACCCUGGACUUGCAAUUAUGGCAUUCCUUAUUGCUUGUUGUGCUAUAUCGGGAAAUAUAAUGAACGCUUUUCUUGUGUAUAUUACAGCUAGAAAUAAGUAA